GCGGACUCUGGGCCUUUCUUCCCCUUCUGAUUUUCCCCCUCCCCCCUUUUCUCCCGUUCCGGGUUUGGUUCCCCCCUUUUCUCCCCCUCUCCCCCCUCCUUCCCAAGCCCCUUUCCCCUCCCCCGCCCCAGUCCCCCCUACUCCCCCGCCCUGGGCCCCGGGGAAACCCCGGCCGAGAAGAGUCCGCCCCCAGAAGCGCGCCGCCGCCGGCCGUCGGGGCCGAGCCGCAGCCGAGCGGCCGUGAGCCCGGGCGGCGGGCGGAAACGCGGGCGCCCUCCCCGCUACGGCCCGCGUGAGGUGAAUUGCUGGAGGCUAUCUACUCUGCUUUCUCCAAUGUCUCUUCAAAUUAUGCUUGAUAAGUACAGUUAUUAUACUUCGCCUGGAUGGAUGAGGCAAUACAUCUGAGUUAGAGAUCAGGUUAGACUUGUUACUUAUAUGUGACGCCAUUCCAGCACUGGACUCAUGGAGGCUGAACAUUUAUUCAGGAGUCCAUAGAGGCUGCUGUAUUCUAUUGAAGAAGAUGUCUAACAGUAACACUACUCAAGAGACCCUGGAAAUAAUGAAAGAAUCGGAAAAAAAACUGGUGGAAGAAUCUGUAAACAAAAACAAGUUUAUAUCUAAGACUCCAAGCAAGGAAGAAAUUGAGAAAGAGAGUGAAGAUACCAGUUUGCGUCAGGAGACACAGGAUUAUGAGUUCCUUUUUGACAAGAGGCGGACAUCCAACCACGGUCAUGCCAGGAAAAGAGCCAAGUCUAAUUCCAAGCUGAAGUUGGUGCGCAGCCUUGCAGUGUGUGAGGAGUCCUCUGCCCCGUUUGCUGACGGGCCACUAGAAACCCAGGAUAUAAUUCAGUUGCACAUCAGCUGCCCCUCUGACAAGGAGGAAGAAAAGUCCACAAAGGAUGUCUCUGAAAAGGAAGACAAGGACAAAAACAAAGAAAAGGUCCCAAGGAAGAUGCUGUCUAGAGACUCCAGCCAAGAAUAUACAGACUCCACUGGAAUAGACCUACAUGAAUUUCUUGUAAAUACACUGAAAAAGAACCCAAGGGACAGAAUGAUGCUGCUAAAAUUAGAACAGGAGAUUCUGGACUUUAUUAAUGACAACAACAACCAGUUCAAGAAGUUCCCUCAGAUGACCUCAUAUCACCGGAUGCUAUUACAUCGGGUAGCUGCCUAUUUUGGGAUGGACCACAAUGUUGAUCAAACUGGAAAAGCUGUCAUCAUCAACAAAACCAGUAACACAAGAAUCCCUGAACAGAGAUUCUCAGAACAUAUAAAGGAUGAGAAGAAUACAGAAUUUCAGCAGAGAUUCAUUCUCAAGAGAGAUGAUGCCAGUAUGGACCGAGAUGAUAACCAGAUCAGAGUUCCAUUGCAGGAUGGAAGGAGGAGCAAGUCAAUAGAAGAGAGAGAGGAGGAAUAUCAAAGGGUCCGAGAGAGAAUAUUUGCCCGAGAGACUGGCCAGAACGGAUAUCUAAAUGACAUCAGGGGGAACCGUGAGGGGCUGAGCCGCACCUCAAGCAGCCGCCAGAGCAGCACAGACAGCGAACUCAAAUCCCUGGAGCCACGGCCUUGGAGCAGCACGGACUCUGAUGGCUCUGUCCGGAGCAUGCGGCCCCCUGUCACCAAAGCCAGCAGCUUCAGUGGUAUCUCUAUCCUCACCCGAGGUGACAGCAUCGGGAGCAGUAAAGGUGGCAGUGCAGGAAGGAUCUCCAGGCCAGGUAUGGCGCUAGGUGCCCCAGAAGUGUGCAACCAGGUCACCUCAUCUCAGUCUGUCCGGGGCCUUCUCCCUUGUACUGCCCAGCAGCAGCAGCCGCAGCAGCAACUUCCUGCUCUCCCACCCACGCCUCAGCAACAGCCACCCUUGAAUAAUCACAUGAUCUCACAGCCAGUCCCGGCUCUGCAGCCUUCUCCGCAGCCUGUUCAGUUCUCUCCAGGCUCCUGUCCCCAAGUCCUUCUGCCAGUCUCUCCGCCCCAGCAGUACAACAUGACAGAUGAUCUCAGCAACCCCUUUGGACAAAUGAGCCUUAGCCGCCAAGGUUCUACCGAAGCAGCUGACCCAUCCUCAGCUCUGUUCCAGCCCCCACUUAUCUCCCAGCACCCUCAGCAGACUAGCUUCAUCAUGGCUUCUACAGGACAGCCCCUCCCUACUUCCAGCUAUUCCACCUCUAACCAUGCACCACCUACUCAGCAAGUCCUGCCACCCCAGGGCUACAUGCAGCCCCCUCAGCAGAUCCAGGUUUCUUACUAUCCCCCUGGACAGUAUCCUAACUCCAACCAGCAAUAUCGACCUCUCUCUCACCCGGUGGCCUACAGCCCCCAACGUGGUCAACAGCUGCCUCAGCCAUCCCAGCAACCUGGUUUACAGCCCAUGAUGCCUAACCAGCAGCAGGCGGCUUACCAAGGCAUGAUUGGGGUCCAGCAGCCACAGAACCAGGGCCUGCUCAGCAGCCAGAGGAGCAGCAUGGGGGGCCAGAUGCAAGGCCUGGUGGUUCAGUACACUCCACUGCCUUCUUACCAAGUCCCAGUGGGUAAUGACUCGCAAAAUGUGGUCCAGCCGCCUUUCCAGCAACCCAUGCUGGUCACUGCGAGCCAAUCUGUGCAAGGGGGCCUCCCAGCAGGGGGCGUACCAGUGUAUUACAGCAUGAUCCCUCCAGCUCAGCAGAACGGUACAAGCCCUUCUGUGGGGUUUCUGCAACCUCCUGGCUCUGAGCAGUACCAGAUGCCUCAGUCUCCCUCUCCCUGCAGUCCACCACAGAUGCCACAGCAGUACUCAGGAGUGUCACCUUCUGGACCAGGUGUGGUGGUCAUGCAGCUGAAUGUCCCUAAUGGACCCCAGCCCCCCCAGAACCCAUCCAUGGUCCAGUGGAGUCACUGUAAAUAUUACAGCAUGGACCAGCGGGGGCAGAAACCUGGAGACCUGUACAGUCCUGACAGUAGCCCCCAGGCCAACACACAAAUGAGCAGCAGCCCCGUCACAUCUCCUACUCAGUCUCCAGCACCCUCUCCUGUCACCAGCCUCAGCAACGUCUGCACAGGACUCAGUCCCCUUCCUGUCCUCACACAGUUCCCCCGUCCUGGGGGUCCAGCACAGGGUGAUGGUCACUACUCCCUCUUGGGCCAGCCAUUACAGUACAAUCUGUCCAUCUGCCCUCCCUUGCUCCAUGGCCAGUCAACUUACACGGUGCACCAGGGACAGAGUGGAUUGAAGCAUGGAAACCGGAGCAAGAGACAAGCACUCAAAUCUGCCUCCACUGACCUGGGGACAACAGACGUUGUCCUGGGACGGGUGCUGGAGGUGACAGAUCUCCCUGAGGGCAUCACCCGUACCGAGGCGGACAAACUCUUCACUCAGCUUGCCAUGUCCGGCGCCAAGAUCCAGUGGCUCAAGGAUGCUCAGGGGCUGCCUGGUGGGGGUGGGGGGGACAACGGUGGGACUGCUGAGAAUGGCCGCCACUCGGACCUUGCUGCCUUGUACACCAUCGUGGCUGUGUUCCCCAGCCCUCUGGCUGCCCAAAAUGCCUCCCUUCGCCUCAACAACUCUGUGAGUCGCUUCAAACUUCGAGUGGCCAAAAAGAACUAUGACCUGAGGAUCCUGGAGCGAGCCAGCUCCCAGUAAAUGGAGGAGAAGAAGGGACCAGCAUGGCAGGGGUGGGGCAGGGUAGAGGGGGUCAAGGGGUCCUGUCAGACCACAGACAGAGGCAGAAGGUAAGGUAUGGUCCACAGACAGACACUAAACUGGAGCCUAAGACAGUAGGGAUGAAGAUGGAAACAGAGACAGACACUCACACUGGCACUGGACUCUUUCUCACUCCCCUGCCAAGGGUCCCUCUUUUUCCCUGGUUGGCCCCAUGUCUGCUUCCCUCUCUUUCCCAUCCUCUUCUAUGAUUUUUUAUCUCUUCUCUCACCAUGAAAUUAAUUCUUUCAUAUUUUUUGGUCAGGUAGAAUUGGGAGGGUCCCACACUCCCAUGUUCUCCUAUUUCCUUACCGUCCCAAGCUCCCUUUUCUUUUUUGGUCUUUAUGAAUAUAUUUAUAUGGACAGAAUUAAGAAAAAAUGAAAUUGAUUUCCCCUUUCUCCCACCCCAUCUUAUCUCCCCAAACCCAACAGAGUUAAAACUUGGGCCUCCCUCCACCCCCCAGAACACUUGUAUAUUGUUUGUUUGAGGUUUGUGCUGCAGUAACAGACACAGUAUUUAAUUGCACAUACAGAUGUUUGCUGGGUAUAUUCACUGUAAAUUUUAUUUAAUCUGAUUUUUUGUUUGUUGGGGGGUUCUUCGGGGGGGGAGGUUGAUUUUGUUUUUAAAUAUAAAAAAAAAAUCUGUCACUGGACAUCAGUCCGUUUUCUGUUGCCACCCUGGUGUGGGUGGGGUCGGAGGGAUUUGAUGCGGGCUGGGAUGGCUUUCUCUGGCAUAUGCACACAUAUCUUCCUAACACUAUUCCCUGCAUCCUGUCCUACUCCUUACAAAUAAUUCUGAUAGAUGGCUGGGUCUGUAAUGGGACUCUGCCACUAACUGUGGUUUAUCAAGCACAUCACUCUCAACUCUGGACCUCUGAGUUCUUACCAGUAAAAUAAGAGACUUGGACUGACUAGGCGACCUCCGAGGUUCCUUCCACCCUGUUAAUUCUGUGAUACUCAUUUAGGGCCCUGGUAGCUAAGCCAGAGGAGUGUGAGUGACGUCCAAAACUGGGUCGAGAUGCUUGCUUCAUACCUGUCCAUCUCAUAUUCUGAAAACUCUUCAGGGAUGGAGGACUUGGGCCUUUCUUUAAUCCCAAAGCCAGAGGAUUGGGUUCUAGCUGGCAGGAACAGAACUGCAUGUUUCUUACAAUAAAAGCUACAUCAAUUGAACUUGCUGUGCCAAGAUGUCAUACUAUCCAGGUGUGCUUAGCAGUCCCUGUUCUGUGCAGCUGAAGAAAGGUGAAGAGCAGAAGUCACUUGCCUGUAAGA